GAUCGAGAGAUUAUAUUCGAGGCGCGAGAGCCGAGAGGAAGUUAAUCGUCAGAUUGAUACAUUUUGAACGGAUUAACCCAAACUAUAAACGUGUUCUAGUUUCAUCUGUGAUAUUACGAAGUCUCAGGUAUUCUUAUGUAUUCAUUGGAGUUUUCAUGAUGGCUGGCUGGGAACUAGCAAAUUCAAUGGUGCUCACCCCACAUUCUGACCCAAGGAGGUUAUCCUUUGAUCAUGAUGAGUUUAUAUCCAAGUAUACUACACAAUCCUUCCACUACCAUCCCACUAGUCCCAGGAACCCCCAUGGGUACACCCCGUCACCCCAAAGGCCUUCCAAUGGGGAGGGCUCUGGGGGCGGCCCCUCCUUCUGCACCAAAGAUAAUAUUGAUCAGUGUGUCAGCUAUCUGGACCAGGAAUUGACAGCACUUGGUUUCCCUCCUCUCUUCAUCAAGCCUUCAACUUCCAGUAAGGAUAGGAGUAAACCUGAACAGUUUGAUCUUGUUCAGCUUGUGAACUGUGCCUAUGAACUUAUACAGAGACAUCAAAGAAGUAUGAAGAAACAUGAAGAUUUAGAAACAAAGCAAAUGCGAACCAGUAGUGACUUGGAACACUUACAGACUAAUCACUCAAGAUUAAAAGAACAGCAUGAACAGAUACAAAGAGAGAAUAUAUCUCAAGGGGAGAGAGAAAGGCAGCUGACAUUACAACUCAAGAGCUCCCAGUCCAAGCUUAAAAGCCAGAAAGAUGAGAUGAGGAAACUUGAGGGAAUCUUAAAACACAGAGAUGUUCAAUUCAAGCAUGAUCUGAAGAAGAAGGAAAGAGAAGUAAAUAGAUUAAAAGAGCGUAUUCAUCAGUUACUAGUCGAUAAGAACCAGGAAAGAAGGAUAGGAAUGGAUAUACUCAAUUCAUUACAGAGGACAGAUGGUAAAAGAGGGACGUGGAAAACCGAUAAAAGUGGUAUCAAGCAUGAGGAAGACAUGUACCGAGUGAUCAUCACUAACUAUGAGGAGAGACAGAAGGAGGUUAUGAUGGAGAAUCAAGUCUUGAGAGAAUCUCUUAGCAACAUGCAACAAGAACUGGUUAAUCUACUCAACAGACAGGCAGGAGAAGGUGGAGGAGGAGUAGGAGGAGGAACCCCAAACAAUAGACAAGGGUACAUCUCCGACAGCGAGUACGGUGACACGAGAUCCAUCGACUCGUCCAUCAGUGAGCUAUCGACGGGACACUUCCAGAUGCCGUUUGAGAUGGUCCGAGAGGGCAUCGAGACGAGUCUCCGCCAGAAGUGGCAGAAGCUCAGGGAUCACAUCCAGCAGAUUGAGAAGGAGAAUAGGGAGAACCAGGAGGGUGGGGGAGGAGGGAGCAGUAAGGAUGGUACAGGGAGCACUGGAGAUGAAGGGAAGGGUGGAGGAGGAGGAGGAGGUGGAGGCAGCUCCGGUCCUAAGGAUGCGGAGAUAGAGAACCUGAGGAGAAAGCUGGAAGCCUAUCACGAUAUCAUUGUACAACAGGAGCAGGUCUUACAGGCCGUACAAGAAACCGGUAUGGAUGGAGACUUUCUGGGGUUCAUCAGGGAGUCUACGUUGCUAGAUGAGAAGGAAAAUCUAGCCACAGAACAAAAUAGGUUGUAUGGCAUGAAACACAACUUUGAAAAGGAGCAGAGAAAUUUUACCGAUGCUGCGAUUCGAUUAGGCGAGGAGAGGAAGAAGUUUGAGGAAGAGAGGAGUGCAUUCCUCCAGGAGCAACUGAUGCUGACGCCAUUGUCUUCCCAUCAUGCACCUCUGCUACGACCUCCGAGGUCAAUCAACAAAGCAACAAGCCCCAGCCUGAACCCUACCAGCCAACAGCCCCUUAACCAAUCCCCCUCACCCCCACACCACACCCCAUCGGGAUCUCAGAAGAGAGUCCAGACCCCUUCCACGGUGGAGCUCUACAGGGCUCUCAAGUUAUUACCAGAGGGAGGAAAAUACCUUAAUGUCUCGAGGGAAAGCAUUCAUUCGAUUGGAAGCCAGAGCCUUCUCUCGGAUUCAGAGCUGUCGUGCCACUCUGGUGUUUCGACUCCCCGCUCGUCCAAAGCGCCAUCCAUCAUCGCAGGGCGCCCUCUAUCGAGCCAAUCGGGACACAGCAGCCACGGCAGCACAGACAGCCUCAACAAGGUGGGCACCAAGUCAAGAAGGACUGAGGAACACAAACAUAACCUGAGAAAGACUAUGGCUCACAGGCAGCGAAGAGCAGACAAGGGGGCUCACAAGAAAUGAUGAUGGUGCAGAACUCAACCACUAUCACCUUUCCUUUUACUGCUGUUCCUCCUGCCUCAGUUAUUCUGUUCUUGAGAAGUUGCUUAUGUUAGGAAUACCAAAAAUCAGCCUUACCAUAGUUGGUCACAAGAGACGAUUGGUUCGUAUCUCUGAAAUCUCCUACUUUAUGAAGACAUUGCCUUGUCUUUAAAAUCUUUGAGAUGGUGCCUGAGUUAAAAACGACUGCUGCAGCAAUAGUGAACAUGCUGAAACAAGUGCCCUUAAGGUCUAGAAGAUGCCAUUACUUCAUUGUAGAAUUCAAACAAUUGUACCAUAUCCCUGCAUUCUAACUUUGCAAUGUGGAGGGAUUCCUUUAUGGAGAUGUUGGAUAUUUUUGAUAUGCCGGAUUAUACAUUGUAAGUAAAAUUGCAGUGUAUCACAGUGAAUGAAGUUAGCUGCCGGGUUGUUACCUUGUUCUUUGAUGAAUUAACUACCUGCUUUAAGAAUGAAGCAAGUUUUGUAUCAGGUGUCCUGUACUUGAGCUCAAGGGAAAACCCCUCAUCGAUUCAGCACCAAGUCCAAAGGCUCAUGCAUAGUCAUCAAGAGGCUGGCACAGCAGUUUGUGAAACCAGAGGCAAGAAAGCGUAAGGAAUACAAACUUAAAGAAAUACCCUGCCGAUCCUGUAAUACUUAACAGGUUUAUCAUCGCAUCAGAUGACACGCAUUUUACCGAGUGACUUAACUUGAUAUUGGAUUAAAUAGCCGGUAAAAUGGUGAAGAAAACCUACUUAGUUCUGUGUUGAAUUGUUCAGCUAAAGUACUUAUAAGUACCUUACCCAUGUGCAAUGGAAAUACUCGCAUCUGACAUGCCUUCUAUGUAUAACUUUUCUUUUGUACUUGUUUUGUUGAUUGAUAGACUAAUUUGUAGUGACUUGAGCUUCCCUUAUAGAUUAUCAAAUAUUAGUUUUCAGUAAUGGUUUACUUGAUAUUAUUUAUCAUCUUGAUUCUUGACAAUCGCUAACAAGGUGUCACCUCACUUCAUUGUAAAGUGAGUAUAGUGAUUCGAAGAGUAUUUUUCAUAUGAGGUCGAUAGCAUCAGACUUUAUUAUUUCUGGAGAGAAUAACAAUGCUGUAAAGACCGCACUAGACAUAGAAACUAGAAAUACAAGAUAAAAAGUGGUUCAUGUUGGCAUUCCAUACUUGAUAGUUUUCAUGGAAAUAGGAUGUGUAGUUAUUAUGGACAGGGAGUUGCUGUUAAAGCAAGUUUGAUCUUUGAUAAUGCCAUAUUUAUAUUUGAAUUUAUCUCCAUAUUUUUUCAUCCAGAGUUAAGUGCUGAGAAGUCUUGAAAACAAGAAUUUAAAAUGGAAGUUAUUUUUGUAUUUGUUUUUUGUAUAAGUUGGUGAUUUGUAAUUUUGUCUUUCAUGUGAAAGCACAAUGUUCAGUUUAUCUGCUGCACAAUUUAUGUUGUGUGAAAUCCGGGCCACUUGACACAAAGUUUGGGAUUGAUCGUAGGGUAGAUUACUAACAAUUGAUCACAUUGAUCAUUGUGUACAAUAAAUCAUACAAAUCAAUCGUAUGAUAAUCGCUAGGCUUUGUGUUACUGGCACCUGCUUGUUUUAUGCAAGAUUAAAAGCUAGUUUAUGAUUUAGUGCCUUUCCUGUCAAUUCGGGCCCGGUUUCAUGAAACUUGUUAUUAAAUACAAAUGCUAGAAUUCAACAAAUGGUUAUGCCUUCAGUCAAUCAAAUGGCAUGAUUUCUGUAGCUGACAACAGAAGUUUAUUGUUUUCCAUCAGUUGAAAAAAUUGUCAUGAAAUAAAGGCAAUUUGUUUAAUUUUAUCAGAAUAAAUGUGUCAAUGAGAUUUUGGAGAUAAUUUAAUUGGUCUUAAAUUGUACGUUUAGAGAUUGAAAUCUAUUAAUGUUUGAAUAAAUAUGCCUUUUGCAGUGUGAAUAUGUUAUAAAAACAAAGAGCUAUUUUUGGAAUGUACCUAUAGAUAGAAAUAUGUGUAAAUAUCUCUGGUAUAAUAUAUAUUAGGUAUAUGAGAAGUGAGAAAAUUACAUUAGAAUACAAGGAGAUAUUACAUAGGGGUUCUUCUUUUUUUUUAAUCCAGAUUGUUUCAGUCUUCAUCUACAUGUAUUUGUACUUUUACUUAACAUUUGUUGUAUCAACAUACUUGUUUCUAAUGAUGCAUUGCAUUUCACAGAAGAAAAUACGCAUUUUAAAGUUUGAAAUUGAAAGUGCCUUAAAACAGUUUAUAUGCAGCAAGGAUAGAUAUUGUAAAGAAAUCUUUUGGGGCAUUCUUGGUCAUGUGUGUGACCAAAAUUAUGACAAAUCUUGAAUUUAAUUAGUUAUGAAUCUAAUUUAUUUAGAGAUUUAGUAAUUCAAAUGUUAUAGAACAUUAACAUGUUUAGUCAGCUAUCAUUUAGAAAUAUUCUUUGCUGUCUCCAAUAUACAGGUUCAAGGUCAUAGGUCAAAAGAAGUGGGUUAUGUGUGUGACUUCAUGCAGAACCAUGAUUUUGAAAGUUUAAUUUCAUUUUGAAAUUCCUGUGAAUUUAAAAAUGAAAUCGAACUUUAAAAAUCAUCAUAAUUAGCUAUAAAUCUCUAAAUUUUUAGAUUCAUAACUAAUUAAAGCCAAGAUUUGUUCAGUCACACAAUGAACUAGAUAUGGGAAUGAUAUGUAGACAUUCAUUAUUACAGAGAAAUAUAUUUACUAAAUUCACUGUUGAAAAAGAUAGUAUUGUAUGCAGUAUUUGAGACAGCGAUUGUGUUAUAUUAAAAGUAACGAUAUGAAGGUAUUUAUGAUAGAUCUAUCUAUUUAAUAGAGAGUGUAUUUUGAGUUGAGAUAUAUGUUGAAUUGACAGUUAAAUUGUCAUGUCCACAUUUAGGUGAAUGAUUUUUUUUUUAGUAGAGUGCUAUGUAUUGGAUUAAAUUGGGCAUUUUAUAUUCAGGCCCUACAAUAUUCAACAGUUGGAUGCUACAAAGGGUGUGGGGUUAUCUAUUGCCAGGUCCAUUUGAACAGGAUGAUUUUGAAAGUUACUUUAGUGUCGCUGGAUUGAUUACAAGAUCACUACUGCACCAACAGAGCCAUUUCACUGAUAGAAUUGUUCACUUUCAAGCCUUCUUCUUUCACUUACGCAUUUGCCAAAUACAUUUCAUCUAAUCAAAAUUAAUGUGACUUGUAGCUAGAAUAACAGUGUCUUCAGCUAAUGAUAAUGUUGUUGAAGGAUUUUUUUUUGCUACUUAAUACUUGUAUAUUACUAUCUUAAUACCAUUUUUGUCUGUAAUUGAUUUCUUUCUGGGGAGGUAAAAUCUUGCCAAUUCACUAGCCUAUUAAAAGCACUGAACACGUUCAUAUUGGAACCCAUGUACAAGUAUGCUACUGAAACUUAAAUUGAGCUAGCUGUGCCCAUUCUCUUUCUACUACUAUCAUUUAUGAUGAUAUUUAACACUAUGCUAAACAUACUUAAACUCUGUAUCACGUAAAAAUAAUUUCUUUACAGUUAUUAUUCCUGGUGCAAUUUUGGUAAAGAUUCUAGUAUAUACAGGAGCCAUCUUUAUAUGCCUAGUAUGGUGAAACAUUCCAAAGAGAAAUGAAAAUAUUGACAACUUAAGAUCCAAUGCACUGA